AAGAGAAGAAGACUGUAACCGGAAAAGGCUCCAGACCUCCUGUUGCAUGUAGAAAACAGCUGAAAGGAUGUCCUGUAACGCCAGCGUUACUCGUCUCCAUCUGUCCUCGCUGAGAGGGGCAGAAAAAGCCCCAGUCCACCUCAUGCCCUGCGAGAUCGAGCACAACGGGUUGGCCCAGGUCUCCCAGUAUUUCACAGCUACGAUUAAAGAGCACAAGACAGAGAAGACGGUGUCUUUCAGAGGACGUGGGUUAAAGGGACAGGAGAUCAGCUGUCCUCAGGGUUACACAGGCCUGGUCCUGAAGGAAGUCGACCGCCAUGGCUCUGACCAGCAGGACAGGACGGUUAAGGUGAGCUCAGUGUUCGACAAGCUGACCUACUGGAACCUAGAGACUCCUCCCACUUCAGAUGAUACCGUGGUGAUGGCGAUGGACUGGCCGGAGCUGGCUGAGGCUAUCCAUGGAACAGUUGAAGACUGAAACUUUCUCAUUACAUCAUCCCAACUGAACACCCACAUCGCUGCCUAUAAUCCAACGAUAACCUGAGUAGUAUUAACUGUCCCAAACAAUAGUUUUUGUACGUGUUGUUUUGUAAAUAAAAAGAAAAAACCCAA